AUGUUUAUAGUAGGUUCGCUGUUGGUGUUCCAUGCGUUGCUUCUUAUAGGUGGCAUUGAUGGUUUUCGUGUCUUGUCAUCUCAGCGCGCGCCUGUGGCCGUUUUUAGCAAAUAUCGCACACCGGUCAAAGAUAACACGGUGAACCUGGUGGAUGACGCUAAUGCCAGUUUAUUGGUGGGCGAUGUGCAAGGAACAUCGAUCCAACUUCUUCGGGCAAGGCCUACUGACGAUGUAGUUGAAGAUAGUAACGUCGAUGUGUCAGAGAGUACCGAUGUGGAAGAUCUACCAUCUGAUGAUAGAUACCGUGUUCCUUCGGAGCUGGGUGCUGGUUCGAUGCUCGGCAUCAAUGACCUUAUGUACAUUAUAUUUCGGGUCUUUGAUUCACUCGGUGAAGUUUCUGAGGAAGAGUGCCGACGUAUUAUAAUGAACAGUUUAUCUUCACUCGUUCAGGAACGUUUCUUCGAUCUUUACGUUUACCGAGAGGUUGGUGGUAACUUGCCUCCACUCUUGUUGGCACGGUUCAACAAUUUCAACGCUUAUGAGUUCGUGAGGGUUCAACUAUACGCUCGUGAUCCUUCUACCGCUGAACUCUUGAGGACAUUUUAUUUCCACACCACCCGUUACAGUAUACAUCAGGACCCUAACACAAUUUCGAUGAGCAGCUAUAUCAGGAACCGUAUGUACCGCGGUGGUAGGAUGAAUCCUCCUCGAGGUGGUAUUUAUGGCAGUCGUCGUGUACCGCCACAGAGGUAUAGUGGUAUGGUAGGGUACGAUCGUGUGCCACCACCGGUACAGUACCCUGGCCAGUCCAGUGGCAUGGCGCCGAUGUACCAGCAGCCUCCACCGCCGAUGCCGCCACCACCACACUUGCAACAUUUGCAAAUGCAUACAAUGAUGCUUUCACCUCAUAUGAUGGGUCCCCCUGGGCACGAGAUGGGCCAGCUGUCACACGGCCCUAUGCUAUAA